AGAGACCAUAGUGUCUACUGAUGGGUCCCAGUGCCUGUGUCUGCAGGGGCUCCAGCCAGUGCCUGCCUUACUCGGUCCUGUGCCUUGGCCCUCGGCCCCACGGCCCCUCCCCACAAAUGCUCAGCGGAACAGGGGAUUAGGUUCUGGCCACACAGCUGGGAUUUUGGCGGCCAUUCCACAGUCGACAAUAGCACGCAGCCACCCGGACAGGACAGCGCAGGCCUGCGCUCCAGGGCCAGAAUCUGCCUGGGCUUCUUGUUUGGGUGGCCGAGGGGGAGGAGCGGGCCGGCGCGGCAUUCUGGCCUUGCCACGCAGAAGGUGCGUUGGGGUGACUGUCUGGUAUCACCAAGAUGACACUCCAUGCGACCCGGGCGGCUGCACUCCUCUCUUGGGUGAACAGUCUGCACGUGGCUGACCCUGUGGAGGCUGUGCCACAACUCCAGGACUGCAGCGUCUUCAUCAAGAUCAUUGACAGCAUCCACGGCACUGACGAGGGGCAGCAGAUCCUGCAGCGGCCGGUGCCACAGAGACUGGACUUUGUAUGCAGUUUUCUGCAGAAAAACCGAAAACAUCCCUCUUCUCCAGAAUGCCUGGUGUCUGUGCAGAAGGUGAUGGAGGGGUCAGAGCUGGAACUGGCCAAGAUGACCAUGCUACUGUUAUACCACUCUACCAUGAGCUCCAAAAGUCCCAGGGACUGGGAACAAUUUGAGUAUAAGAUUCAGGCUGAGUUGGCUGUCAUUCUUAAAUUUGUGCUGGACCAUGAGGAUGGGCUAAACCUUAAUGAGGACCUGGAGAAUUUUUUGCAGAAAGCUCCUGUCCCUUCCACCUGUUCCAGCAGCUUCUCUGAAGAGCUGUCCCCAUCUAGCCCCCAGGCCAAGAGGGAGAUUCGCUUCUUAGAGCUACAGAAGGUUGCCUCCUCUUCCAGUGGGAACAAUCAAGGCAUGGAGAAGGGAGAUGAAAAGUCUUCUCAAGGUCACGUCAUGAGCUUCCUCUCAGGUUCUCCAGCCUCUCCCAUGGGUGACAUCCUGCAGACCCCACAAUUCCAGAUGAGAAGACUGAAGAAGCAGCUUGCAGAUGAGAGAAAUAAUAGGGAUGAGCUGGAGCUGGAGCUGGCUGAGAACCGCAAGCUCCUCACUGAGAAGGACGCGCAGAUAGCCAUGAUGCAGCAGCGCAUUGACCGCCUAGCUCUGCUGAAUGAGAAGCAGGCAGCCAGCCCAGUGGAGCCCCAGGAGCUCGAGGAGCUGCGUGACAAGAAUGAGAGCCUCACUGUGCGCCUGCAUGAAACUCUGAAGCAGUGCCAGGACCUGAAGACAGAGAAGAGCCAGAUGGAUCGCAAGAUUAACCAACUUUCUGAGGAGAAUGGAGACCUUUCCUUUAAGCUGCGGGAAUUUGCCAGUCACCUGCAGCAGCUACAGAGCGCCCUCAACGAACUGACAGAGGAGCACAGCAAGGCCACCCGGGAGUGGGUGGAGAAGCAGGCCUGUCUGGACAAGGAGCUCAGCACAGCCCUGCAGGAUAAGAAAUGCCUUGAAGAGAAGAAUGAAAUCCUUCAGGGAAAACUUUCACAGCUGGAAGAACAUUUGGCCCAGCUGCAGGAGAACCCACUCCAGAAGGGCGAGGUGCUGGGUGACGUCUUGCAGCUGGAAACCCUGAAGCAAGAGGCAGCCUCUCUUGCUGCAGACAACACCCAGCUCCACGCCAGGGUGGAGACUCUGGAGACUGAGCGAGGCCAGCAGGAAGCCAAGCUGCUUGUCGAGCGGGGCCACUUUGAAGAAGAAAAGCAGCAGCUGGCUAGCCUGAUUGCCGACCUGCAGAGCUCCAUCUCCAACCUGAGUCAGGCCAAGGAAGAGCUGGAGCAGGCCUCCCAGGCUCAGGAGGCCCAAUUGACUGCUCAGGUGGUCUCCCUCACCUCUGAGCUCACCACACUCAAUGCCACCCUUCAGCAGCAGGAUGAAGAACUGGCCAGCCUGAAGCAACAGGCCAAAAAGGAGCAGGCCCAGUUAGCACAGACCCUUCAACAGCAAGAACAGGCCUCCCGGGGCCUCUGCCACCAGGUGGAGCAGCUGAGCAGCAGCCUGAAGCAGAAGGAGCAGCAGUUGCAGGAGGCAGCCAAGGAGCAGGAGGCAACUAGGGGGGACCACGCCCAACAACUGGCCACUGCUGCUGAGGAGCGAGAGGCCUCCUUAAGGGAGCGGGAUGCGGCUCUCCAGCAGUUGGAGGCAUUGAAGAAGGAGAAGGCUGCCGAGCUAGAGAUACUGCAACAGCAACUUCAGGCUGCUAGUGAAUCCCAAGACAGCGCCCAAACCUUAGCAGCACAGGCCCAACGGGAGAAGGCAGAGCUGAGCCGACAGGUGGAGGAACUCCAUGCCCGCAUUGAGUCAGCCCAUCGGGAGCAGUGUGAGGCCCAGGCCCAGGUGGCAGAGCUAGAGGCCCAGCUGAGGUCUGAGCAGCAAAAAGCAACUGAAAGAGAAAGGGUGGUCCAGGAGAAGGGCCAGCUCCAGGAGCAGCUCCAGGCCCUUGAGGAGUCCUUGAAGAUCACAAAGGGCAGCAUUGAAGAGGAGAAGCGCAAGGCCUCAGAUGCCCUGGAAGAGCAGCAGCGUUGUAUCUCUGAGCUGGAGGCAGAGACCCGAAGCCUGGUGGAACAGCAUAAGCAGGAACGGAAGGAGCUAGAAGAAGAGAAGGCUGGGCGCAAGAGGCUUGAGACCCGAUUACAGCAGCUUGGAGAGGCCCAUCAGGCUGAGACUGAAGCCCUGCGGCAGAAGCUGGCAGAGGCCACAGUCUCCCAGCACAGGGCUGAGAGUGAGCGUGAUCAGCUCGUCAAGGAGGUAGCUACCUGGCGUGAGCGGUAUGAGGAUAGCCAGCAAGAGGAGGCUCAGUAUGGUGCCAUGUUCCAGGAACAGCUGAUGACACUGAAGGAGGAAUGUGAGAAGGCCCGCCAGGAGCUGCAGGAGGCAAAGGAGAAGGUGGCAGGGAUCGAGGCCCACAGCGAGCUCCAGAUAAGCCGGCAGCAGAAUGAGCUAGCUCAGCUCCAUGCCAGCCUGGCUAGAGCUCUCCAGCAGGUCCAGGAGAAGGAGGUCAGGGCCCAGAAGCUUGCAGAUGACCUCUCCACUCUGCAGGAGAAGAUGGCAGCCACCAGCAAGGAGGUGGCCCGCCUAGAGGCCUUGGUGCGCAAGGCAGGUGAGCAGCAGGAAACAGCCUCCCGAGAGCUACUCAGGGAGCCCCCAGGGGCAGGAGACAGAGAAUCAGAGUGGCUGGAGGAGCAGCAGGGUCGCCAGAUCUGCAGCACACAGGCAGCACUGCAGGCCAUGGAGCGUGAGGCAGAGCAAAUGGGCAGUGAGCUGGAGAGGCUGCGGGCUGCACUGAUGGAGAGCCAGGGACAGCAGCAGGAAGAACGCGGGCAGCAGGAGAGGGAGGUGGCACGGCUGACCCAGGAGCGGGGCCGGGCCCAAGCUGAUCUGGCCCUGGAGAAGGCAGCCAAGGCCGAGCUUGAGAUGCGACUGCAGAACGCCCUCAACGAGCAGCGUGUGGAGUUUGCUACCCUGCAAGAGGCACUGGCCCGUGCCCUGACGGAAAAGGAAGGCAAAGAGCAGGAGCUGGCCAAGCUUCGUGGUCAGGAAGCAGCACUGAGGACAGAGCUGGAGGAACUUCAGCAAAUCCUGGAGCAACUGAAGGAACAGCUGGCUAAGAAAGACAAGGAACACCAACAGUCUUUAAGGAAGGCCAGUGGGGAAGAUGGUUCUGGAAAGAAAGAGUCGACAGGCCUUGAGCUGGAGGCACUGCGGGCAGAGGUGAGCAAGCUGGAGCAGCAGUGCCAGCAGCAGCAGGCACAAGUGGAGAGCCUGGAGCACAGCCUCAAAGCCGAGCAGGCCUGCAGGGCUAAGCAGGACGGUGCUCUGGAGACUCUGCGGGGCCAGUUGGAAGAGAAAGCCCAGGAGCUGGGGCACAGUCAGGGCACCUUAGCCUCAGCCCAAAGGGAGUUGGCCACCCUCCGCACCAAGACUCAAGACCAUAGCAAGGCUGAAGAUGAGUGGAAGGCCCAGGUGGCCCGGGGCCAGCAGGAGGCUGAGAGAAAAAGCAGCCUCAUCAGCAGCUUGGAGGAGGAGGUGUCCAUCCUGAACCGCCAGGUCCUGGAGAAGGAGGGGGAGAGCAAGGAGUUGAAGCGGCUGGUUAUAGCUGAGUCGGAGAAGAGCCAGAAGCUGGAAGAGAGGCUGCGCCUGCUCCAGGCAGAGACAGCCAGCAAUAGUGCCAGGGCUGCCGAGCGCAGCUCCGCUCUGCGGGAAGAGGUGCAGAGCCUCCGGGAGGAGGCAGAGAAACAGCGGGUGGCUUCAGAGAACCUGCGGCAGGAGCUGGCCUCGCAGGCAGAGCGAGCAGAGGAGCUGGGCCAAGAAUUGAAGGCUUGGCAGGAGAAGUUCUUCCAGAAGGAACAGGCCCUCUCUGCCCUGCAGCUCGAGCACACCAGCACGCAGGCUCUGGUGAGUGAGCUGCUUCCCGCUAAGCACCUCUGCCAGCAGCUGCAGGCUGAGCAGGCAGCUGCUGAGAAGCGUCACCGUGAGGAACUGGAGCAGAGUAAGCAGGCAGCUGGUGGGCUGCGGGCAGAGCUGAUGAGGGCCCAACGGGAGCUUGGGGAGCUGGCGCCCCUGCGGCAGAAGGUGGCAGAGCAGGAGCGAGCCACCCAACAGCUGCGGGCAGAGAAGGCCAGCUAUGCGGAGCAGCUGAGCAUGCUGAAGAAGGCUCACGGCCUGCUGGCAGAGGAGAACCGGGGGCUGGGUGAGCGGGCCAACCUUGGCCGGCAGUAUCUGGAAGUGGAGCUGGACCAGGCCCGGGAGAAAUACGUCCAAGAGUUGGCAGCUGUACGUGCUGACGCUGAGACCCGUCUGGCUGAGAUGCAACGGGAAGCACAGAGCACUGCCCGGGAGCUGGAGGUGAUGACUGCCAAGUAUGAGGGUGCCAAGGUCAAGGUCCUGGAGGAAAGGCAGCGGUUCCAGGAGGAGAGGCAGAAGCUCACUGCCCAGGUGGAGCAGCUAGAGGUAUUUCAGAGAGACCAGACUAAGCAGGUGGAAGAACUGAGUAAGAAGCUGGCUGACUGUGACCAAGCCAGCAAGGUGCAGCAGCAGAAGCUGAAGGCUUUCCAGGCCCAGGGAGGCGAGAGCCAGCAGGAGGCCCAACGCCUUCAGGCCCAAUUGAAUGAGCUGCAGGCCCAGUUGAGCCAGAGGGAGCAGGCAGCUGAGCACUACAAACUGCAGAUGGAAAAAGCCAAGACCCAUUACGAUGCCAAGAAGCAGCAGAACCAAGAGCUACAGGAGCAGCUGCGGGGCUUGGAGCAGCUGCAAAAGGAAAACAAGGAGCUGCGGGCUGAAGCCGAACAGCUGGGCCAUGAGCUGCAGCAGGCCGGGCUGAAGACCAAAGAGGCUGAACAGACCUGCCGCCACCUUACUGCCCAGGUGCGCAGCCUGGAGGCACAGGUUGCCCAUGCAGACCAGCAGCUUCGAGAUCUGGGCAAAUUCCAGGUGGCAACAGAUGCCUUAAAAAGCCGUGAGCCCCAGGCUAAGCCCCAGCUGGACUUGAGUAUUGACAGCUUGGAUCUGAGCUGUGAGGAGGGGACUCCACUCAGUAUCACCAGCAAGCUGCCUCGUACCCAACCAGAUGGCACCAGCGUCCCUGGAGAGCCAGCCUCACCCAUCUCCCAGCGCUUGCCCCCCAAGGUAGAAUCCCUGGAGAGUCUCUACUUCACCCCCAUCCCUGCUCGGGGUCAGGCUCCCCUGGAGAGCAGCCUGGACUCCCUGGGGGACGUCUUCCUGGACUCGGGCCGUAAGACCCGCUCUGCUCGUCGGCGCACCACGCAAAUCAUCAACAUCACCAUGACCAAGAAGCUAGAUGUGGAGGAGCCAGACAGCGCCAAUUCAUCUUUCUACAGCACGCAGUCUGCACCUGCUUCCCAGGCCAGCCUGCGAGCCACCUCCUCUACCCAGUCCCUGGCCCGCCUGGGCUCUCCCGAUGAUGGCAACUCAGCUCUGCUCAGCCUUCCUGGCUACCGGCCUACCACUCGCAGCUCUGCUCGUCGCUCCCAGGCUGGGGUAUCCAGUGGGGCCCCUCCAGGAAGGAACAGCUUCUACAUGGGCACUUGCCAGGAUGAGCCUGAGCAGCUGGAUGAUUGGAACCGCAUUGCAGAGUUGCAGCAGCGCAACCGAGUAUGCCCCCCACACUUGAAGACCUGCUAUCCCCUGGAGUCCAGGCCUUCCCUGAGCCUGGGCACCAUCACGGAUGAGGAGAUGAAAACCGGAGACCCCCAGGAGACCCUGCGCCGAGCCAGCAUUCAGCCAACCCAGAUAGCUGAGGGCACUGGCAUCACCACCCGGCAGCAGCGCAAACGGGUCUCCUCAGAGCCCCACCAGGGCCCUGACACCCCCGAGUCGAAGAAGGCCACCAGCUGUUUCCCACGCCCCAUGACUCCCCGGGACCGACAUGAAGGACGCAAACAGAGCAUUAGUGAGGCCCAGAAGAAAGCGGCUCCAGCUGUUGUUAAGCAGGCUGACCGGCGCCAGUCAAUGGCCUUCAGCAUCCUCAACACGCCCAAGAAGCUGGGGAAUAGCCUUCUGCGGCGGGGGGCCUCAAAGAAGGCCCCGUCCAAGGCCUCCCCCAACACCCGCAGUGGAACCCGCCGCUCUCCACGCAUUGCUACCACCACAGCCGGCACUGCCACUGGUGCUGCCUUCACUGCCACCCCUCGGGCCAAGGGCAAGGCAAAGCACUAAAGGGCCGGUACCAGUGAGUGGCCCCACCUGUGUCCCUGUGGCUGACCUCGCCUGGUCCUUCUCUACUGUCCCUCUCAGUGCCUUCUCUCAGCUCCCAGGCCAAUGGUGACCAAACCCCUAGAGACAGUGAUGCCUGCCUGCACCUUGGCACCUGGACCUUCAGCAUCUUCUCUAGACACCUUCUCAGAGCUGGCCCAGGAGGCCUGGAACUUGGACAGUGUGGGUGCUCUCUCUACCUUGCCUCCUGAUUUUUUCUUAGAGCAAAGUCACUUCAUCACAGCCAGAUUUGAGGCUGGCUUUGAGUGACUGGGUCCUCGGGCCCAGGCAGUCUUCCUCUCAGCCUCUGGAUCUAGAAGGGACCAUUGGAGGAGCAGGCCCUGCUUCCUGCUGCUCCUGGUGGCUGGGCCUAGCAGGGACCCUUGCUCUUGAAGUCCAGGACUGGGCAUGGCCAGGUGGGAGCACCCACACCCAGGUGCUCCCGUCCAUCCAAGGGCAUAGGUGCCCAGAGGAUGCUCUUUUCUAGGAUAGAUGGGCUCUGUGUCUUUUUUUUGGGGGGGGGGGGACCUUCAGCAACAGACCACACCCCACCUUCCCCAGACUUGCACUGGGAUGGAAUUUGGAGUGAUGGGAAGGUUUUUAAGGGCCAGGGAUGGAUCUUUUCUAAAUGUUAUUACUUGUAAAUAAAGUCUAUUUUUCUCCCUUGA